AUGGAAUCCCUCGAUAACACGUUCGGGGCUGCCCUCAUUGGCCUCAUCGUCGGUGCAGUUUUGUUUGGGAUAACCAUUCUGCAGACGUUUACCUACUUCGGUAACUACAAUGAGGACAGCAGGAUUGUCAAGUCGCUCGUUAUAAUCCUGACAGUUCUGGAUGCAUUGCACCUCGUUCUCUGCACCCGGACAAUCUACUGGUAUCUCAUCACAAAUUUCACCGAUGCCGAUAACUUGGACAAGACGACAUGGAGCAUGGCCCUUCAAACAGAUUGCAAUGGUCUCAUCGGCCUCAUCGUCGAAGUCUUCUUCGCCCGCCGCGUGUGGAUGAUGAGCCACAAUUGGCUCAUCACUGGGGUCAUCCUCGUCCUCGCCGCGUUGCACUUCGGGCUCGGAGUUGUCUUCACCGCACAAUCCUUUAUUCUCGGUCGUUUCUCGAAGUUUAAGAGCUUGACGUGGGUGACAUGCCUCGGCCUCGGCGCUGCGGCUGCCGCCGAUAUCCUCAUCGCGGGCGCGAUGUGCUACUACCUGUACAGGAAGCGCACCGGGCUCAAGAAGACGGACUCCCUCGUCACGACGCUCAUGUUGUAUAGCAUCAAUACCGGACUGGCUACCAGCAUCAUUGGAACCAUCUCCGUUAUUUCUUUCGGCGCGAUGCCUACGAACUUCGUUUGGUUGGGCUUCUUCUGGAUCAUGGGCAAAUGCUAUGUGAACUCCUUCCUAGCGCUCUUGAACAGCCGCGACAGGCUUCGCGAGAAGGUCACAAAGGCCGGGGUGCAGCUCAACCACGUUGGGCAUGGGCGUUCGUUCCAGCAAUCGUUCAGCGCGUCGAACACACCAAAGGAUCGCAAGUCACCCACGUUGACGGGCGGCGUUGCCGUACAAAUUGAGACCAUCACCGAGUACAGCAGCUACCACCCUCGACAGCAGACAGGUCGACGCGGUGCCUCGAAGCAGCCUAUGGCCCCGAUCAAGGACAACGGCUCCGUGUCCUCCAGCUCUCCCGAAGUGUGACCUCCCCCGUGCUGCCUUCCUAUGCUUGUGCUGUAUAUGGGCAUACCCCGCGACGUCAGAAUGUCGGAGUAGAACUACUGAUGUCUGUACUUUUCAUAGUAACAGAGACCGCA